GCUCACUGAGGCGCCUGUGGAAUAAGACACUUAAGUGAUCCGGUGCACUGACGCGUCACUUCGCGAGGACACUUGUAUCGUUUGGACCGUGACAGCAGUCACCGUGGCAUUGUCUGUCAAAGCGGACUUUCUGGGGGAAAAGCUUUAUUUUCUGGCCGCGCGUAUAUUUCUGGUUUCUGACGCUCCGGUGUACCAGCUGAGCCGAGGGAAAUUACACCCCAUUGGACUUUUUUCUUUUGUUUGUUAACUAACUCCAAAGAAAAAGUCACCAUGGCAGAGACGUCGGCAGCUCCGGCCAAAGCCAAAAAGGCAGCCAAGCCCAAGAAACCUGCUUCACACCCCAAAUACUCGGAGAUGAUCAAAGCAGCCAUCGCUCACGACGCCAGCAGGAACGGAGCGUCCCGGCAGUCCAUCCAGAAGUACGUGGGGAAGAACUACAAGGUGGGCGAGAACGCCGAUAUGCAGAUUAAAUUGGCCCUGAAGAGGAUGGUGGCAGACGGGAGCCUGCGCCACACCAGAGGCAUCGGCGCCUCCGGAUCCUUCAGGUGGGCCAAACCAGAGGACUCCAAAAAGUCAACCAAGGCACCGGCACCGGCACCGGCCAAACCAAAGAAGGCAGCGAAGCCCUCCAAACCCAAAAAGGCGGCGAAGCCUAAGAAAGUUGCCAAGACGCCGGAAAAACCCAAGAAGGCAGCUGCGAAGAAAGUGAAAAAGGUCGCGAAAAAGGCGUCACCGGUGAAAGCCAAAAAGGCACCAGUUAAGAAACCAGCCAAGGCAGUCAAGUCCAAGGCAAAACCAGCACGGAGGGUAACCAAGCCCAAGGGGAAGACACCCAAAAAGGGAGCCAAAACAGCCAAAAAGAAGUAGAAGGACAAUAUCAGAGAGACAAAGUCACUGUACAUACUUAAGGAAAAUGUUUUCGUAUAUGUAUUAUUUUUGUAAGCUCUCAUGCAAACUUAUCCUAUUUUUACCAGUAGUUUUCUCUCCAUUGCACUAUAGCUUAUAAAUGCUGUAGAAAUAUUUGUGAGCAUUUUUUUUUUUAUUUGGCGUUAAUAAUACUGUUAAUUUCUAUCCGACCCUUGGACACAUACUGGCUAGAUUAGGGUCUUAAUAAAAAAGGAAAAAUGUAAAUACAGUUGAACGUGUGAAUAGUCAUCAUUAGUGCACGGGGUCAUAAUGAAAAUGAAAAUACAAAUGUGACAAUGGUGAGCAUUGUUGAGCCUUUACAAUGUACCGACCAGUGGACGUCAGCAAGAUUGAGCUAAAGGCUCUAUAGAUGUCGUUCAAGCUCCAUUCUGUACAUUUCCUCAUGUUCUGACGACUCUUACUAUACAGAUGUCACAUUGUGUUCAGUCACUUUUAAAGACUGUUUACUGCAAUCCAAUAAACCUUUGUCAACUUCUGCAA